CAACACUACUUAUCGAUAACAAAAAGAAGUUGCUUUGCCGAGCAAAAUUGGUUGAAUUUAAUUUUUUGUUUAAAAACACAAAAUGGUCCUGGCUAAUGUGCUGCUGCUCAGCCAGAUUGCUGGCCAUGUCAUCCUGUUCAUCUUGUCGCUGUGCAUCGUUGUGCCAUUGUUUAUCAACCUCGAUCAAUUCUGUGGUCACUGCCUGCUCUUCACAACUGGCAAAUGGCGGGAGGAGGACGGAAUGUUUGAUGUUCAAUGGGCCUCCAGUGGGUUCUGUAACUUUCCCUUGAUUACUGGAUUCUUUCUGCUCAUAAUUUCGUUGGUUCAAAUAUACAGAUAUGCUCGCAUGAAGGAGGAGGCUUCGUUUAUAGCCCUUUUCAUUGACGUGGUUCUGGGCAUCUGGAUGCUGGCCAUGUCCAUUCUGUCGGCUAUAUUUAUUACCCUAGGUUUCAUCGUCUGGUGCGAUGGCAUGACCGAGAGAUUCCCAUCUUGCGCCAUUUCCGCGGGUCAGAACAUAAUCCGCGGUGACACGGAGAAAAUUAAUACCUCAGGGUUCUACAUUGAAAUGGGAACCACUCAGUUCGGUGCCUGGGGGUCGUUCGCUAUUUCCGUAGGCAUAGGCGUAAUUGCCCUACUGAAACUUAUCGACAACCACCAGGUACGCAACAUCAAGGUAUCCAUGUACUUGGAGAGACAGCGGUUGGUGAAUCAGCAGCAGUACGAUGGCAGGUCAACCCCCCCGAUUGUCUCGAACGCCUCAUCCGAUUCGGAACAAAACAAAUAGUUGACGUUUGCGACCAGCCAGCAGUUUAUAAUUCUCUACGUAUUUCUCAUUACGUGCGUUAUAAUCAUUGUAUGUCAUUUGGUCCUUGUCCUUAUCAUCGAGGCAGAAACUCGGCAGCACACCUUAUAUAUGUAGUGAGGCGCGAAACUAACUAAAGAUAUUAGCCCUAUGAACUAAGCCAAUUUACGUGAUAUGUACUGUAUAUAUGUAUUUAAUUAAAUAUUCCGUGUUACAAGAAAAGUAGAACAAAAUAAUAACAUAUUCGAAAUUCUAUGAUAUUUUAACUAAAA